CCCGCGGGAGUCCCGGCGGUGCCAGAUGGCUGGUUUGGCUCUCUCCGAGCAGGACGUCGGAGCUGAACCGGACCCAGCCCACCAGGCGAGGCAGGAUGUUGUCUGAGGCAGCCGAGGGAGCGGACGCGCCCGAGAGCCCUUCCUACGAGCGGGAGGAGGAGGAGGAAGAGGAGGAGGGGGAGGAAGAGGAGGAGGAGGAGGGGGAGACCACCAGCCCCACAGACUUGUCUGAGCUGCUGAAAGAAGGGACCAAGGAGGCGCACGACCGUGCCGAGAAUACCCAGUUCGUCAAAGAUUUCCUGAAAGGCCGCAUCAAGAGGGAGCUCUUCAAGCUGGGCACCGUGGCCCUUUACUUCACAUACUCCGCGCUGGAGGAAGAGAUGGAGCACAACAAAGACCAGCCAAGCUUUACCCCUCUGUACUUCCCUUCGGAGCUGCACCGGAAGGAAGCCUUGGCUAGAGACCUGGAGUAUUUGUAUGGGGAAGGCUGGGAGGAGAAGAUCCAGUGUUCAGAAGCCACUCAGCAUUACGUGGACCGCAUCCAUCAUGUUGGACAGCAUGAGCCGGAGCUUCUGGUGGCUCAUGCUUACACCCGCUACAUGGGGGACCUUUCUGGGGGUCAGGUGCUGAAGAAGGUGGCCCAGCGAGCACUGAAGCUGCCAAGCACUGGCGAGGGGAUCAACUUCUACACGUUUGAAAACGUUUCCAACCCACAGCAGUUCAAGCAGUUCUACCGAGCCCGGCUCAAUGCUCUGGAGGUGUCCAAGGAAACCAAGGAGAGGAUCGUCAAGGAGGCCAACAAAGCUUUUGAAUUCAACAUGCAGGUCUUCGAGGAGCUGGACAAGAUUGGGGCUUUGUUAACAGAAGAAGCCCAAGAUGGCGGCCUCCCAGCACACGAUGGGAAAGGAGACAUGCGCAAGUGCCCAUACUACGCUACGAAGCUCGGUAGGUCCCAGGCUUCUCCCUUGUUCCUCAUCAGCUCUGUGCUGCGUCUCACGGUCCUUUUCUUCCUCUUUUCUUUCUCAGGUGGCCCCAAGGACCCUGCCUGCCCCUGCCACCUCGCCUUGGCCGCGUUGAAGCAACCUACCAUCCAGCUGGUGUUGGCGGCCUGCAUUGCAGUCACUGCCGGAAUUGCGGCCUGGUACGUGAUGUGAGGCUGGGCACCAGCUUCCCGUUGGCACCUGCUUGAUGAAAUUGCUGCUUUUCCCUAUUGACAGAAGUGGACUUUUAAUGCCGGAUUUAAUUGAGGAACCAUUAAAUGCAAAUCCACAGUGUACGAACGCCUGUGUGUCCAAACCGUUCGGGGUAGAAUUGAGCAGGGAACCUUGGCUUGGGGGGCACGGCCUGAAUGGUUUGAGCUUCGUGGAGGGAGGGCAUGUGGGGGCGGGCAGGCAGCCCUCUUACCCAGGUGCAGAAUACGCUACUCUCCUUUAGUUGUAGGCAGGGUCUCUGACUUGUACAUAUGGGAAGUGGUAACGGUUUAAUUUUCGUGUAAUUUAUUAUGGUGAUGCCUCUGACACAAUAAAAUUGAUACUUUAGUU